GUCACAAUGUUAAUAAAAGUGCAAUUUGGAGGGAAGAAGAAGUAUUUAAAAUUGGACGAAGUAUGUUUUACAUAUUUUCUCAGUGCAGUCCAGCAGAAGUUUCUGAUACCUGAGAAUAAGGAAUUGAAAGUCACAGAUGACCAGGGCAUAGAGGUGGAUGAGGAUGCCUUUCCAGAUCUUGCAACAACCAAAGAAAUGUGUUUUUUCAUCCACACUAAUGAUGAAAUUCCAUUUCCUGAAAAAUCCAAGAACUCUACUGACUUAUCAGACCUGACAGAGUUUGGUGCCAUCUCAAAUCUGACAGAAUAUGUUACUCUCACUACUUGUGAUAUGACUGUACUUCAGCAAGCGGUUGAAGGUUACUCCUCCCCAAGUCCGUCAGAUACAUUGUCUAUCUCAAGCAGUAGUGAUUCUGCAUCUCAAAUGACUCCACCUUUAAUGGACAGUGUCCAUGCAAGAAAUCCAGCGGGAAUGUCUGUGAUUGAAGAGUAUCAAGAGACUGGGAGCUUGAAAGAUUCCACAAGGCGGUUAAUGGUGAACAUUAUUGUUGCUCACAUGCAUGAAAAAGAAGGGAGAGCUAUUAGUAAAGCAACGAAGGAGUUCCAUGCCCUUGGGAUUGUGUCACUGUUCCCAUCUUUGAAAGACCCAUACUCUAAAAAAGGAUAUGAACAUUUCUUUGACAUUCAGAGCAACAAAGGCUUUCUUGAAUGGCGUAUAAAGACUGUGCAACGUAAAUCCAGAAUCGUCUCUACAUCACAGAACAGAGUGGAACCAAAAGGAGGUCCCACAUCAUCAAGAACAACUGGAACCAUAGAUGACCAGCGAAUGGGAGAUGAAUGUAUGGAAGCCAUUUCUCUCCUCCACCACACAACUGACCGUGACUUGGUGUUCCAGAAGAUGAGAGAAACAUUCCACUACCGUCAGCAGAUUAUCCACGACUCGCAGCACUCUGCUGAUGUACUACAAAUGUUUCCUCGUUUCUUGGACGUCAAAGGACUGAUUUUGAAAGACUUCUCACAGAUGUUUGGACCAGAGGUUGCUUCCAGGUUCCUGGAAAAAUGGAACACCAGUUUUAAAGAAAAAGUCAUUCAGGAGGCCAGGGACCUUAAAGAGACUGCUCUCCUAAAACAGCACCUGAAAGCUGCACUGAAUGAAGAAUCUGACACUACUGAUGAUCCAGAAGGGACAGCGACAUGGCUUCUCUACUUGUCCUGCUGCAUCUUCUCACUCCACAACCAGCUGGAAGAAAGCGGCCCAAGAAGAUCAGUGUUGGAGAGGCAACAGAUCAUCUGGUGAAAUUUGUGAAGUCAUGCCAAAGCCUCGAGUAUCAUCUCCUGGCCAUUGAAGGAAACCCUCAGCCUUAUCUUCUUGCUUCAGGGACUUCAAAAGCACAG